GUUAAAGUUUUUCGCCCCCAUGUUACUCGUAUGAAUAAUAACAACCUCAAAAUCGGUUAGCAUGUGUCUAGACUCCACGUUGACAACCCAGUCGCUCGGUGCUUAAACUGAUAAAACACCGACGCAAAGCAGAAAGGGCAGCAUGUCGGUCGACAGUGUGUUUCGGACCCGCUCACUCGGCGUGGCCGCUGAGGGUCUUCCUGAUCAGUACGCGGACGGCAAAGCAGCAAAGGUCUGGCAGCUCUACAUUGGAAACACGCAGAGCAGGACGCAGGAGUACAAAAGCUGGGUGGUGUCACUGUUGAAAAAACAUGGUGUCCGAAGAGUGCUGGAUGUUGCCUGCGGAACAGGGGUGGACUCCAUUAUGUUGGUGGAGGAGGGCUUCAAUGUGGUGAGUGUGGAUGCUAGCGACAAAAUGCUCAAGUAUGCACUGAAGGCGAGAUGGGAGAGAAGAAAAGAAGCAGCGUUUGACCAAUGGGUGAUUGAAGAAGCCAACUGGCUUACGCUCCCAGAAGACAUCCAGAAACCAGGAGGAGACGGCUUUGACGCGGUUAUUUGCCUUGGCAACUCAUUCGCUCACUUACCAGAUUUUAAAGGGGACCAGAGUGACCAAAAGUUGGCUCUCCAGAAUAUCGCAAGCAUGGUCAAACCAGGUGGAAUCCUCAUCAUCGACCACCGCAACUAUGACUACAUCCUAGAGACUGGGCGGGCACCGCAAGGAAAAAAUGUUUACUACAAGAGCGAUCUAACUCAGGACAUUUCCACUUCUGUGCUGUGGGUAAACAAUAAGCCGCAUAUGAUCACCCUGGACUACACCAUCCAAGUUCCUCAGGCCACUCCUCAGAGCCUGCCUGAGGUCAGUAAAUUCCGUCUCUCCUACUACCCUCACCGCCUGGAGAACUUUAAAGGAUUGCUGCGCGAAGCCUUCAACGGCAAAGUGGAGCACAAGCUCUAUGGAGAUUUCAUGGCAUACGUCCCUGGUCAAACUCAUGCGCCGUGCUACUUCAUCCACGUUUGCCAAAAGACUGCAUAAGCCACGCAGAGAAGACUAGUAUGGGAAUUUGUUUUCGGUUCGACUACAGUGAUUCUCCCAAAUUUCUGGUCCAUUUCAUCUGAAAUUCUUAAUCUCACACAUUUGAUCUGGUGAGUACAGGUUUCUGAUUAAAUUUCCGAAUGAGUAGCUUUCAAUUAACAAGGUUGCCUAGUGUCCAUUUAGCCACACAAAAAAAGACGAAUUUAGCUGUCUGCUAUUUUUUUCUUUAUUUUUUGUACAAGUAAUUCUUUUUUGUUUACCAGCUGGAUCUUAAAACACCGUUAAUUUCAUGCAUUCCCCUUUUUUUGUCAGGGAAAAAAAGCUUUCAUGUAUACAAUUUUCUGUCUUUUAGGUAAGCAAUGUAUCUUAUCUUAAUCAGUUCAACUUGGUUGCAAGGUCAAAUUGUGUAUUCUGUUCCUCUUUUUCAAUUUGCAUUUUGAGUUGGAAAUCCGGCACAGUUGUUGACAUCAGACCAGCAGGAAUGUUUUUGAGAACCAACCUGACCUCAUGCGCACUUCCAUUCGGCAAGAUCUUUUGAGCUCAAAGCCACUUGAAGGCCAAAUGAUCAAACGUGGUGACUGGUUAACCGCUCUCACUGUCUUUUGGCUUCUGACAAUAGAACGGUUCCUUUUUGAAUCAGUUUAUGAGUGAACCAGAAAAUAGCGUCCUCCGCUGUUUAAUUCCAUAUUACUUGGACGUGCUGUAACGUUUGAACACACGAUUGUCUUCAAACCUGCUUUCAACCAAAGAUUUUUUCUCAUUUUGUCUUUUACUUUCCUCAGUCUUUGAUUUACACCUUCCACAGAAAUUAACGCGUGUUGAGAAAUUAUUUGGCUUAUGUUGAUCCUAAACGUGCAAAAUAAAAUGCAUGAGAGAGUACAGCUAGAAAAUCUCAUCAUGGCUACUGGCCCCCAGUCGUUUGUCUCACGGCGUCAGGGCAAAUCCGUGUCCGUGUUGAAAUGUGUGGGACGUUUCGACAGAACAUUUCACAACAGUCUUAUGUUGGUGGUUCUGAAAAGAUUUUCAGUUGUUAGAUGUUGCAUAAAAAUACAUUAAAUAUUUCAUUUUG